GAGAUGGAGCCGGUCCUUUUCUCCCUCCCGGAGGCCGCCUGGACUGGAGUUCUGCCGGUCACGAGUCCGAGUCCUGCAAGCUGUGCGCCCCCUUCGCGGAUUUCCUUGCUGCGCGGGUUGAGCGCGGGCUGGCGUGGAUGGGAGACCCUGGAUCGGGCCCGCCCUGCCGGUUCUACCCAGGACCUGAGCCACUUUAACCCGAACUUUCCCCGCAGGAGGGCGCUGAGCGCUCCGGGCACCUGCUGGCCAUGCUGGCGACGUGAAGGUCGGAUACUUAGUGGAACGAUCCUGGGAAAGCCGGGCCAUGGCCCCCGGGGCCGGCUGAACGCAGGAGCUGCGGUGGAGCCGCCGUCGCCGGGAGGGAGUGAAUUCGAUGCUCUGGAAGGGCCGGUACCCGAGGACAGAGGGAGGCGCUUCGCGGCCCGGACUCUCGGAGCAUGGUCCCCGGAGAGCCGCGCGCAGCAGAAGGCGCCCGAUCUGUCGAGACGGAGCGCACGGUAGAAUGGAGUGGAGAGUUGAGGGGUCAAGGCACAGAUUAGACGGACCACCCUCUGCCUGCAGGAGUUUGCCUAUCCAACAAGCACGAUCCAGGGAGCAGGGUUUGUGGGGAACCAUUACUCUACUGUCACUGUUUGCUGGGGCAGUCAUGGCAAGUUCAGAGACCUGGUAUCAUAACCAGACCUUGGGAGCAGCUUCUGGAAGCAUGAGCUCUGCCAGCUCUGCCUCUAUGGAGGAAAACAGCAUGGAAACACCAUCUCUGGCUGUGUGGAACCACUGGCAUGGGGAAAAUAUGACCAUACAAGAGCUGAGCACAUCAGAACUUCUCAGGGCUGAGCGCUCCCCUUCAAGCUCCAGCAGUGCCAGGAAAGGAUCUAGGAGGGCUGGACGUGGUAAUCGGGGUCGCUAUUGUCGCUUACAUAGCCUCAGAAUGAAAGUGCGGGAUCUGGGGCUUGGCUAUGAUUCUGACGAGGUUGUUAAGUUCAAGUAUUGCAGUGGGUCAUGCCAGCGUACCCGCACUAACUACGACCUAACCCUGAGUCACCUCAUAAAGCAACAUGCCAUUGUGCCUGGGCCCCAUUCUUCUCAACCCUGCUGCCGACCCACCCGGUACGAGAACUUCUCUUUCAUGGAUGUGCACAAUGUCUGGAAGACUCUGGACAAAGUUUCAGCCGCAGAGUGUGGUUGUGUGGGCUGAAAGUGCUGUCUGUUCAGAGCUCAUGGGGUCACUGAGUUGACGUAUCCAUGUUCCUUCUACAGAGAGAUCAUAAGCCUGUCCUGCCUGUAAGUAUGGCAGGAGGAGAAAUAAACUCCAUGAUGGAGCUUUCCAGUCCAGAUGGGAGGAAUGAAUGGACAAUUAACAGGAGUGCAGCAUGAUGUUGUUGGCCCAAAUAUAUCUUGGCCUUUAGAGAGCAUUCACCCACCAUCAAUGAUCAGAUGAUCAGACUGCUGUUAGCUAUGGAAUGGGCAUUUUUCCUUUAAAGAUUGGUCCAUCAACAGUGUUGUGAAUCUGUUCACCUAUCAAGCCUUUUCUCCCACUGAAGAAAAAGCAUUGGACAUUCUCACACCUUAUUCAAGAGAUAGGGGGUGUGGCAUUUAGCCUGAGAGACUUGUGGUACCAACUGAUCCUCCUCCAGGCAGUUUAAAGAAGGCUGCUCAUUAGGUCAUGUAGCCCCAUCUACUGCAAGGCACACGUACUCUUCCCACUUUUUAUUCAAGCCCACAAUCUGCCUUUCCCUUAGAAAUAUGCUCUUACUCCAUCUAGGAGCAGUUGUAGUUAAGAACGAAGCACAAUUUUGCAAGCCUGUUUAGUGCCCUGAACAUUCAAUGAUUGCUCCAACCUUCUGACCUGUGCUAGAAUAAUCAGUGUACUAUCUGAGGAUCGAAGAACAUUGCUGUUUCUUUGGGAGCUGUUUGAUUAUUACAGCCUUCAGCCUCAUUGGAGAGUUUUUCCUGUGAGAACGUAUCCAAAGCAGAUGGGUGUGCAUCCUAUGAAGGGCAAAUUUGAUGUGUUUCCCAGAGCUACCAGAUCUGGGUUGCAAAGAUCCAAAUGACUGGAUCUUUGGUACUAAGGAAGGUUGUUGCCAUCUAAUAGUUGCCAGGAGUUUUGCAACCCAGAUCUGGAAGCUGUAUGGUUUUCCUGGAACAGUCAAGGCCUCUGCAGGUAGAAAAGGGGCUUGUCUAUAAAGCCAAUGAUGGCAUUGAUAUACUGGUGUGCAACUUGCCCAGACACACCAGCAAUAGCUUGGAGUUUGACUACUGCACUUACCAGGCUGGCAAUGGAAGCAGAAAUGGUUCUGCCAUCCUUUGAGUCCUGGUUCAACCAUCAUUUAGUGCCAGCAGAGUGGGAACCCCCCUGCCCUAGAAGUGACAUUUUCUAAACUUAUUUAGAAAGUUUAAAUUUUCUAAACCAACUUAUUUAUUCUGUAACUUAUUUAUUUAUUUGUACCCCACUGACUCCCUGGUGGCAACCUAUUUAUGAAACUGAGAGCUGGGUCUGGUAUACAUUAAAAGCUGAUGCUAUGCCCUGGCCUGUGACCAGCCGUUCCUACACCCUUUUCCCCACUUGGCCUUAGCAAGGGCAUUUCCUCUUCCUCCUUUCCUGAUUUUGUAUUCUUUGUCCUUUAUUUGCAUUGGGAUAAACUCUAUUUUUAUACAGCAACAACUUCCUGUAGCAAUAAAGCCUGUGAAGGCAAUGCACACUU